GAGGGAGGAAGAAAAGAAGAAAGGACUUACCAAGCCUGGCGAGGUACUUCGGCAACUAGGGGCAGCCUUAUUUCCGGUCUGUACUACUAGGCGGAAGGAGGCGGAACGGAGGGAAAGAGCAACACUCCCUUCCGGUGUAGUGGCUCAGCAGCGACGAGAGAACGAGGAGUCGUUUGUGAGGGUCUUACUAUAUAAUUCAGGCUGGUCUUGAACUCACAGCGAUAUUCCUGCUUCAGCAGCCUGAGUGCUGUGAUUACAGAUGUGCACCAUGACACCUGGCUAGGGCUCUUUCAGUCCUGCCUCAGUCUCUCAGAGUGCUAGGUCUUAUGUGGAGGCCCUGACCCCUGGCGUGGCUGUAUUUGGAGUGGGGCCCCUUUGGAAGGAAUUAUAAUUGCGAUGACUCGGCAUGGCAAGAACUGCACAGCGGGGGCGGUGUACACCUAUCACGAGAAGAAGAAGGACACAGCGGCCUCAGGCUAUGGGACCCAGAACAUCCGACUGAGCCGCGAUGCAGUGAAGGACUUCGACUGCUGCUGCCUGUCUUUGCAGCCCUGCCAUGACCCUGUUGUCACCCCAGAUGGCUACCUGUAUGAGCGUGAGGCUAUCCUGGAGUACAUUCUGCACCAGAAGAGGGAGAUUGCCCGGCAGAUGAAGGCCUACGAGAAGCAGCGCGGCGCGCGGCGUGAGGAGCAGAAGCAGCUGCAUCGGGCGGCGGCGCAGGACCAGGUGCGAGGCUUCCUGGAGAAGGAGGCGGCCAUCGUGAGCCGCCCACUCAACCCUUUCGAGGCCAAGGUGGCCGAGGGCCCCGGCUCAGAUGACGCGAAGCCCGGGCCCAGCGCGGGGGCUCCAGGCAAGGCGAAGGAGAAGGACAAGGAGCUGCCCAGCUUCUGGAUCCCGUCACUGACUCCCGAGGCCAAGGCCACCAAGCUGGAGAAGCCGUCGCGCACCGUCGCCUGCCCCAUGUCCGGGAAGCCGUUGCGCAUGGCGGACCUGACGCCCGUGCGCUUCACGCUGCUCGACGACUCCGUGGACCGCGUGGGGCUCAUCACGCGCAGCGAGCGCUACGUGUGCGCCGUGACCCGCGACAGUCUCAGCAACGCCACACCGUGCGCCGUGCUGAGGCCCUCCGGGGCCGUGGUCACCCUCGAAUGUGUGGAGAAGCUGAUUCGCAAGGACAUGGUGGACCCGGUGAACGGGGACAAGCUCACGGAGCGUGACAUCAUCGUGCUGCAGCGCGGUGGCACCGGCUUCGCAGGCUCCGGGGUGAAGCUGCAGGCCGAGAAGUCGAGGCCAGUGAUGCAGGCCUGAGGGGACCACGAACGUCGAAUAAACCUGUGCAGGGACUGGACGCGUGGGGCCUUCAUUUCCUGGCUGAGAGCCGGCAGCCCGAGACUCCUGUCCUGGAGUUUGAAAGAGAGGCUCAGAAAAAUAUUAUGUGUCUCACAUUCAGAACAAACUCAGAACCGUAGGCACACGCCGGCAAGAUUGAUCACGUGAGCUGGGUGUGGUGCCGCGCGCCUGCAAGCUCAGCACUCUUGAGAGGCCGAGGCAGGAGGCGUCCAGGUUCCAGCCCAGCCUGGGCAGUGUAGCCACUUAACAAGACCCUGGCUCGGGAUGGAAGGGGGGGGGUGGUCCAGAUGGCCAGAAGCCAAGGUCACCGUGCCCCUCAGAGGUGGAGUGAGUGCACCUUAGGGCGGCCUGAGUCAGGGUCCCCCCACUUGUGCCGGGUUGGAAGCAUGUGUGGUGCCCAGGGCCAAGUCUCAGAGGAAAUUGUACGAAGACACAGGAAACAAUUCUUCGAGGGAGCGGGUGGGGUGCAGUGUGGUCAGGAAGCCCUGCUGGCGACUGCAGGGGCAGAGGAGGCCUCGGUGACAGCCAGUGAGGCCUGCAGCUCUGAGUGGGAGGGAGGUGAGGCCCGGCUCGCGCAGCCUCUGAACAGGGUCUCACUCCGAAGGGCGGGCUCUCUAGCUCCCCUGUACUUGCUGGCCUCAAACUUGCAAUUCUCCUACCUCGGCCUCUGGAGAUUACAAGUGUGCACUGCGCAAGCGCAAGGACCCGAGUUCGAUCCCCGGUACCCCCCCCCCCAAAAAAACUGAAACUGACUGAGAUUACAAGUGUGCAGCUGGUUGAAAGCUUUGUAGCUAUGUUUUACUCGUGGUACUGGGGAUCGGCCACAGGGCGGGGCUCCAUCCCCAAUCCUUUUUUGUUUUAUUUUUUGAUUUGAGACAGGUCUCUCUUGAGUUGCCCAGGCUGAGCUCAGAGUUGCAAUUCUGCCUCAGUCUCCUGCAUCUGGGAUUAAAGCUUGUGUUCCACAGUA